AGCACAAUGGUUAUAACUUAUAAGGCUCACUAUAUUUCAUCCAUUUUAACCAUAAAAUGGAGAAAUUCAUGUUUACAGCAACUCUCCAUGCGCUAACACUACUACUACUAUCAUGCAGUGCCCGUUCGGUAACUGCCACGCUGCGUUGCGGAAACUGUGGCCCCACUCCGGUGCCAUAUCCGCUAAGCACGGGACCCAGGUGCGGCGAGCCGUGGUACAGGAUCCGGUGCACCGCAGGCACACUAUGGCUGGACACUCUGAACAACUCCUCCUACGCCAUCACAUCCACCAACCCGGAAACCCAACGAAUCACAAUCCGACCCGCCAGCCUUGCCCCGAAUACUUGCCUGUCAAGCGAUUUCCACAGCCGAGGCAUUCAGCUGGACCCUAACCUCCCCUUCAACAUCACGAGCAGCAACACCGUCUUGCUCUUGAACUGUACAGACGCCAUGUUGAAUUUACAGGCGCCGAUAAACUGCUCGUCGAACACCCUGUGCCACAGCUUUAUCAGGGACAAUGCGGCCGCGUGUACGCGAGCACCGCUGUGUUGUACGUUCAGGACUGGUGGGUCCCAGACUGCUUACAUCAUCAGGGUCCACGGAGGAGGGUGCUCAGCGUACCAGAGCUUUGUGAAUUUUGAUGGUCCUCCAAGUAGUGCAGUGGUCGGUGUGAAGAAGACGAAAUGGCCUGAGCCUGGUGUGGAGCUGGAGUGGGUUUCGCCGGGAGAGCCCAUUUGCAAGAGCCCUGUGGAUUGCAAGUACUUGUUGAAUUCAAAAUGUUUGGUGGAUCCGAGUAGUGUGGGGCAGCGGAGGUGCUUCUGCAAUGGUGGGUUCAAAUGGGACUUCAUCAAUGGUUUUUGUCAAAAGGUCAAGUGUAAGCAUGGAAAAGGCUGCAAAAAUCGAAAGAAACGAACUAAACUCAUAGGUAUGGCCAUGGUUGUAGGAGGAGUUGUUGGCAUAAUGGGGAUUGUAGGGUACACCAAACGUCACCAUUUGAAGAGAAAUGCACAAAAGGGUUUGAUGAAGAAGCAGGAGCAGAUGAUAUUAUCUUCGAAAAGCAGUGGCAAAUCAGCCAGGAUCUUCUUCACCACCAAGGAGAUAGCAAGAGCAACCAACAACUUUUCCAAGGACAAUCUCAUUGGCUCUGGUGGCUUUGGUGAGGUAUUCAAGGGCACUUUUGAUGAUGGGACCAUCACAGCCAUCAAGCGUGCCAAGCUUGGCAACACCAAGGGCAUUGAUCAAAUUCUAAAUGAGGUUCGAAUUCUUUGCCAGGUGAAUCAUAGGAGCUUGGUGAGGCUCCUUGGCUGUAUGGUUGAGCUGGACCAGCAGCCUGUCCUGAUAUUCGAGUACGUUCCGAAUGGCACUCUUUUCGAUCAUCUUCACCUCCAUCACCAAGGCAAAUGGGCUCUGAUCAGCUGGCACCAUAGGCUCCGAAUCGCUCACCGAACUGCCGAAGGUCUUGCCUAUCUUCACUCUUCUGCAGUGCCACCAAUUUACCACCGUGACGUGAAGUCUAGCAACAUUUUGCUUGACGAAAAGCUUGAGGCAAAAGUUUCAGACUUUGGGCUUUCAAGGCUGGUUGAGAGCACAGACACCAGUAAAAAUACUCACAUCUCCACCUUUGCUCAGGGGACCCUUGGCUAUCUAGACCCUGAGUAUUACAUUAACUUUCAACUCACUGAUAAGAUUGAUGUUUAUAGCUUCGGAGUUGUUUUGUUGGAGCUGUUGACUUCUAUGAAAGUUAUUGAUUUCAACAGAGGAGAGGAAGAUGUGAACUUAGUGGUGUACAUGAAGAGGGUGAUGAAAGAAGAGAGGUUGAUGGAUGUUGUUGAUCCAGUUAUUAAAGAGGGAGCUAGCAAGUUAGACUUGGAGACAAUGAAGGCACUGGGAUUUCUAUCAGCAUCAUGCUUGGAUGAGCAGAGGCAAAACCGGCCUUCGAUGAAAGAGGUUGCUUAUGAGAUUGAGUAUAUGAUCGGCAUUGUUACAAGUGAUGUUCCUGCAUCCUAGUUGUUUUUGUGAGCGCAUCCAUGGAAACUUGUCUAAAUCCUAAUUUUAGAAAGUAUGGUCUUUUUUUC